AUGUUACUGACUGAAAGUAAAAAGGAUAAAGUUAAGGUCUCUCGUCUAAGUAAAUAAGACAUCUCUCUAAAUUUACCUAAUGCUGUACCAAGCAAUCAGCAAAAGUACUUGCUUCAUAACUCAAAUGUUAGGAAGUAGCUUAAUUUUAAAAGUGAAUAAGUGAGUCCCACCAAUUCAUUUAAGGCUAGAGAUCCUCUUCUAACUAAUUAUAAACAAAAUAACAACAGAAAUACCUAUUUUAAUAUGAGAAGUCCUUCUGGGGGUAACCCUUAUGAAGACUCAGCCAAAAAGCCUGCUAGAAAUAAUCCAGUUAAUGUUCUUAAUAUGUCAACGGACAAUCUAAUUAGACCAGAAUACCAAAAGUUUUACGAUAUUAAUCAGAGAAGUGGCAACAUUGAUAUUGAUGACAGCAAAUCAAAAAUCCUAAACAAUAAAAUUUUUAGAAAUGGAAAUCAGAGUACUAGUUUGGCUGCCUAAAAAAGAAGUCUAGAUGGAUUAAAUCCAAAUUUUAAUCCAUUAUUGCCAGAUAGCAAACAUUUUACCUCAACAACUCAUUAUUCCUCAUUGAUCUAGACUAAUCCACAUUAGACAUUAAAAGCUGGGCAGUCCAUCGGUUUCAACUAGGAGAGAUAAUCAAGCAAGUUGCCCUCAAUCUUUGAGAACUAUUUAAAAUUUAAUCCGAUAGCUUCGCCAAUGAUGACGAAAGGAGAGAGAAAUAAAAAUACAAUUGCAUUACUUGAUCAAUCAUCAGUAUUAGAACUGAGUUCAGAAUAGAAAGCCAAACUCUUUAUGCCUAUCGAAGAUUCAGCUUUAUUAGAAGCCAAGAGAAAGUUUAUCAAUACAACACUUAGAAAAUAGAUAACAGCAAAAACAUCUUUAGGAUUAGCAUUGAAUUUAACCGCAAGAAGUGGAAUUGAAAACUCUGUAAUAAAUGAGAGCAGUGAGGAUCCUUUAGGCAGCACUGGAGUAAAUUUUAGAAAGAAAAAAAUCAAUCCAAACAAUGCUUUGCUAGAUGGAAUGAGUAAAACAUAAUCAAUUAUUUAUAAGAGCCUUGAAGAUAAAAAACAAGGUCUUGGAGAUAAGGCAGCUUAAAGGUGGAAGCUUUUAUAAAAUUUAGAUUUUCUUGAUGAUGAAGAAGAUGCCAUCAAUUUUAACAUGUAAAUACCUAAGUUUGAUCCAGUUUGCUUUUGUAAUAUCGGCCCAAAUAAAGGUAAACCUUGCGAAGCUCAUGAUUCCAUAGAUACAAUGAUAGAUCUCUUAAAUAUUCAGUUUGAGCAAGUAUAAAAGCUCAAUGUCAACGUAAGAGAAGAGAUAGACUAUCUGGAUAACUCGGUAUAGAAGAUAGUAUUUCUAAGAGGCCAUACUUUUUACGAGCAAGUUAUGAAUGUUAUUAAUGAAAAAAAUUCAGAAAUUUAGGAAUUAAAAACAGAGUUAUCAAGACUAAUGAUUCUGAAGAAAGAUAAUGAGAUCCUUAAGAUGAGAAUUGACUAAAUGGAGGAUGAUCAAGAUUACAUGAAGGAAAAAGUGUCUCAUACUAAAUAAUAGAAAUCUCUAUUGGAUAAAUUAGAGACAAUUGUCAAAGAGUUACGGAUAUAGUUAUCAAGUAAGGAGAAUGAAAAUGUUGAUCUUUAUGAAUAAUUAUAAUCUCAAUCUCGGGAAACUAAGAAUUAUCUAAAGCAACUCUAAGAGGAGAGAGCCAAAAAUUAGGAUAUGCAGGAUAGAAUCGAUAUGAUGGAAUUACAAGUUAAGAGAUUAAACAAGGAAAACAACAAUCUUAAGCUAUUCAUUGAAGGUCAAGUGAAUGAAAUAGAAACAAAGGAUGUUAACCUGAUUGAAAAAGGAAAGAAACUCUUAGAGGCGAAUUUUAAAAUGAAUAAUACAAAUGUUAUGAGUGAGAAUCUAAGUUUAUUGGAGCAUGAUGUUGAGGGCCUUAGUAUGAUAAGAUAUCUUGCAAUUGCAGCAGUAGAUGUAUCAAAGAAUAGAGAUGUAGUAGCCGUGGAAUAAUAAAGGCUGUUUGAUUAACAACUUCAAUUACAAUAAUAAUUGCAGCAAGAGCUUCAGGAAUGA